GGAUCAUUCAUGGGAGGAGGUUGGUGUGCAAAGGGGCUUUUCUGCUCUUUCAAGGGUAGAAGCAGAAGGUGGGAGAUGCUGUUUGGAACAAGAAAAGCAGUUUUGGUAAACUCUUCAUUCUCACAGUAGCUAUUCUUCCUAACGCUGAUAGUUUUUCCAUUUAAGCAGCAGCAGUAGAGGCAGUGUCUAGCUUCGUUCUUCCGCCCGAGAACAAAGGUAUCCAGGGAAGCAGAGCACACCCAGACUCCUAAGGACCUCUCACUCUUCAUCUCCCAAGAAAAAAAUCUCUGGGAGAUUGAAAAGAGGAUGGGAAGAACAGCACUCUGGAUAGCCAAGAAUAACCAGCAACAUUGAAAAGGAAAGCAAACCAAAUCACAAAUCAAAAUAUUUUCCAUUUUCUUCAGAAAACCACACAAUUCUCCUUUUCCUCCAGCAGCUCAUAGAAAAAAACAGAGAAAAUCAAGAAAGAUUUCAAGCUGGAACAAGUAAAUUAUUCAGAACUCAAGGAUACUUUACAUGAAAAGUGAAGGGAGAUUAUUUUUUAUUCAUUAAAAGAAUGAAAUAUCUGGAAGUCAGUUGGAGGAAAAGAUGAGUAGGAAAGUCACAUAGAGCAGAGAGCCAUGCAGGCCUCGCCCUGUGCGGAAGAAAACGGAUUGAAUGAAAAUACCACUAAACAAGGGAUUGUCCAUAUUUUUGACUUCCUCAAGAAUAUCAGCUGUGGCAAAGCUCCAUAGUUGUGUCUAUUGUUAGAAAAGCAUAGAUUGUAAAUCACAGCUGAUUAUGCACAAAAGGAGCCACACAGCAGAAAAGCCGUACAAAUCAUCUGAUUGUGUCAAACUUUAGUCAGGACAGCUCCCUUGUGGUUCCUGGAAAGACCCACACAAGAGAAAAGCCAUAAAAGCAUUCCUAGUGCAGUAAAUGCUUUAGUGAGCAUGGCAACGUGCUGAUACAUCAGAGGAUUCACAGCAGGGAGACAACAUAUGACUGUAUUGAUUGUGUGAGUUUCAUUAGAAAUUUCCAUGUCAUGAGACACCAGAGGACUCACACAGGAGAAAAACCCUUUGAAUGUCCUGAAUGUGGGAAAGGUUUCAGUCAGAAUUCCCACCUGGUGGCACACCAGAGGACUCACACAGGAGAAAAACCCUUUGAAUGUCCUGAAUGUGGGAAAAGUUUCAAGGAUAAGUCCAGCAUUGUGACACACCAGAGGACUCACACAGGAGAGAAACCCUUUGAAUGUCCUGAUUGUGGGAAAGGUUUCAGUCAGAGGUCCAGCCUUGUGAAACACCAGAGGACUCACACAGGAGAAAAACCCUUUGAAUGUCCUGAAUGUGGGAAAGGUUUCAGUCAGAAUUCCCACCUGGUGACACACCAGAGGACUCACACAGGAGAAAAACCCUUUGACUGUCCUGAUUGUGGGAAAAGUUUCAAGGAUAAGUCCAGCAUUGUGACACACCAGAGGACUCACACAGGAGAGAAACCCUUUGAAUGUCCUGAUUGUGGGAAAGGUUUCAGUCAGAAGUCCAGCCUUGUGAAACACCAGAGGAUUCACACAGGAGAGAAACCCUUUGAAUGCCCUAUCUGUGGGAAAAGUUUCGGUCGCAAUUCCCACCUGGUGACACACCAGAGGACUCACACAGGAGAAAAACCCUUUCAAUGUCCUGAUUGUGGGAAAGGUUUCAGUGAGAAUUCCAGCCUUGUGAAACACCAGAGGACUCACACAGGAGAGAAACCCUUUCAAUGUCCUGAUUGUGGAAGAAAUUUCAGUCGGAAUUCCAGCCUUGUGAUACACCAGAGGACUCACACAGGAGAAAAACCCUUUGAAUGUCCUGAUUGUGGGAAAGGUUUCAGUGAGAAUUCCAACCUUUUGAAACACCAGAGGACUCACACAGGAGAAAAACGGUUUGAAUGUCCUGAUUGUGGAAAACGUUUCAGUGAGAAUUACAUGAUCUUGAUACACCAAAGGACUCACACAGGAGAGAAACCCUUUGAAUGUCCUGAUUGUGGGAAAAGUUUCAAUCACAAGUGUAACCUGGUGGCACACCAGAGGACUCACACAGGAGAGAAACCCUUUGAAUGUCCUGAUUGUGGGAAACGUUUCAGUGAUUAUUCCAGCCUUGCGACACACCAGAGGAUUCACCCAGGAGAGAAACCGUUUGAAUGUGCUCUCUGUGGAAAAGGUUUCAUUCGCAAUUGUUACCUGGUAAAACACCAGAGGGCUCACACAGGAGAGAAACCCUUUGAAUGUCCUGUCUGUGGGAAUUAUUUCAGUCACAAAUCCAGCCUGGUGAUACACCAGAGGACUCACACAGGGGAGAAAUCUUUCAAUUGUCCAGUCUGUGGAUGUUACUUCACUCAUAAAUCAUCCCUUAUUGCACACGAAGAAAUCCACAUGAGGCAAAAGUUGAAGAAUUUAGAAAAGGCUUGAAAUUCAUUUGUGAUUUCCCAUUGAAACUGUAGUUGAGAAAAUGACUAUUUGAAUUGUGUUCUGAAUGUGUUUACUCAAACAUGUCUCAGGACUUGACUUGUAGGUGGAGAGAAAAGGAAAAUGGAAGAGGGCUAACUACCAAUUUAUGGUUAACAGUAGCAGCUGCUGGAUAUUUCCUUUUGUAGAAGUUGUGGAUUUCCUCAAAAAGGUUUCUGGGUGGUAGUUUUGUAUAUUGAUUAUAUAAUUCCUACAUGUGGAGUUUCAGGUCUUCUACCUUGGUUUCCUCCAGAUUUUGAGGCCCAGAAGUCCUCAGCCAGCGUAGAAAAGGUCCUCAAGAUAUAACUGUCAUGGGCCUUGCAAUUAUGGUUGCAUGUUGCAAUGGCCGUUGAGACUUCUUUCCUAAACUACCCUGAUCACUCUGAUGAAGCCAUUAAUUGUGUCAGUUACUAAGUGGAACGAUGGCUACCUUAGGGCUGGGGAAAACUCUUCGAGGCCUAGUGCAGGCCAGGUUUGCCUGUCGUAGGCAUCUCUAGGCCUCCCCCACCCUGUGCUCUGUUUCCCAACCUUUGUGCCGCCCAAUUCUUUCCCACCCCAGUGUCUCCACAGGCUUUUUCUCCCUCCCACUGGGUCCCUGCACGCCUCACACCCUCCUCUUUCUUUCUAAGAUUUCUGAUCCUCACGUUGGGGAAGGAGGGGAGGGCGUGCAUCCCUGGCCCUUGCGACAGUGUCCUGGGAGCAGCCGUUAUUUUCAGUGGGCCCUGGCUUCGUCCCUGGGCCAUGCAGAUGACUUGUGGAAGCGGCUGCCAUUUGGCCAUACUGUCACACAGAAGAGAGACAAACGUCUUUGUUUUGCUAUCUAACAUGAGAAAAAAAAAUGUGCAGUUGAAAAGUUUUCAUUGUUGAUAAGGGAAACAAUGGGUAUUUUCAGUGUUGCUAUGGACAUUAGGUCAAGGGAAGUCACUCAGAGUUGCCUCAGACGGCGAGAUGGGCAGUGAUUAAGUUUAAUAAUGAAUGCAUUUAAUAAUAAAAAGAUAAUGUAAAGCUCAUUACCCAACUCUUGCUCAGUGAUAGAGUGGGUUUCUAAUACAUACGAUUGUUACCUUGUAAUCUGUAUCUUGUGCAAUCUGCAUCUCUAAGUAAUCUGUUUUACUCAGCUUCCCUUCCCUCAUUUAUAAAUUUAAAAUUUCAGUUUCAAUCACACAUCAGUCCCGCCACUCUCUGCCUGUGAUGACGUGAGCUGUAGUUAGGCUUCUGCUUCUUAAUUUAUUGUUGUAUUGCUAUCUGUCUUAGUCCUAAAUUCUGUGAAAAUACAGCAAUUCAUUAGGGACAGUUUAAAAAUUAGAAUGGCUAACUGGAUAUAUUUUGAUUGGCAUCCUUCUCAGAUUCAGCGAUUGUCUUCUCUAUCACUGCCAGUCUGACAGAGGGAAAUUAGGAUAUUUCAAACUGGACAACUAAGCUAUGGUUUCCCUCUAAUACAGCCAUUUGUUUUGCCAGUCGGUUUGUAGCCUUUGAAAAUCAAAGAAUCGGCUUCCUGUUCCAGAUCCCAGCGUUAGCGGAUGUGUGGAGAGACUGCUCUCCCCGCUGUCUGGUUUUCUUUCUUCAGGAGACCCUGUAAAGGGUCGAAAGUCACCCUGGAGGGGUGACCACCGUUGGGGAGGAACUACGCUAGAUCGCGGAGGGGCCACAGCCUCUCCGUUUGAUCCGAGGCAGCUCCUCAGGACUGAAGAAAAAAAAAGCGGCCAUUAACAUGGCCGCUCAUCAAGUCACACCAGCCAAAAGCCCAAAGCACUACCAAGCACGAUGAAAGCAACUGGAGGAGUUGGGUGAGACCUUACCUUACUUUUUCUGUUCCCCAACUAUUUUCGUGUGAGAGCCUUUGAAAAUACUCUUUUUCCCCAGCUUAGUCCCCCCCCCCGAUUUUAUUUCUUCUUUUAAAAGACUGAGAAUUUCACAUGUUAUUUAAUUAAAGUAAUCUUCUGUUUUCACUAAUGCUUCUGGAGAAACAGAAAUGAUGGGCAGCUAUAACAAGCCAGAAUGGAAUGUUAGGAAUGUGAUGCCAGACAAACAUUAUUGCCAUUUUUUAUGAAGUAACUUAAUUAGUGGAUUUGUGAAAUGUUUUGGAGAUAGUAUACUUGGACGUCAGCAAGACAUUUGACAAGGUAGAGCACAAGUUAACUUUUUGGUAAGAUAGAACAACAUGGGAUAGACAGAACCAGCCCUAGGUGGAUUCGCAAUUGACUGACCAACCACACUCUGGGUAUUCAUCGAUAGAACUACAUCUACAUGGACAGAAGCAUGCAAUUGGGUACCUCAAGGUUUGGUCUUGGGCCCACUACAGUUCGACAUCUUCAUAAAUAGAUAGGCUCAAGAUCCAAAGGGAUCCUGAUAGAGCAUUGGGAUCCAUCCAACAAAGUAUAGUUCAAUGAUGAGGAAAGUAAUGUCUGCACCUAGGCAGCAAAAACCAAAAGCAUAGGGAUAAAAUAGGUAAUAGGCUAAAAUAGUCUGGCUCGAGAGGAAUCUAGAUGUCCAACAGACAAGUAUAAGACAGGACUGUUUCAGCUGCCCCUCCCCCAAAAAGCCAAUGCAGUCCUAGUCUGCAUGAACAGAGUGUCACUUUACACUAUGCAGGUGAGACCACACUUAGGAUACUGCUCCCUGUUUUGGUCCCAUGAUACAGUAGAUGUUGAGACCCUGGAAAAUAUGCAGAGAAGAAGAAAGAUGAUAAAUCAUCUGGAUACUAAAUGACAAGUGGUUGAGAGAACUAGGUAUGUCUGGCCAUGGAAGAGAAGGAUUAGGGGGGCCUGAUAGCUGUCUUCCAUUAUUUGAGGGACUGUCACAAAGAAGAGGAGAUCGAUUUAUUCUCUAGGGCAACAGAAGGCAGAACAAGAAGUUCAUGGGUGGAAGGUUGUCAAAGAAAGGUCCAAUCUAGAAAUAAGGAGAAAUUUUCUGUCAGUGAGUGCAAUUGAUCAGUGGAAAAGCUGGCCUCCUGGCAUUGUGGAUGCUCCAUCACUGGAGGUUUUCCAGAAUAGACCAGACAGUCAUUUGACUCAAGGCACCUGCCUUGAGCAGCGGGUUGGACUAUAAGGCCACUGAUGCUAUGAUUCUAUGAGUUUAGAGGCAGCUUAGAAAAUAACUGAGGAGCAAACCUAUAAAACUGCUUCUGGUAAUGAUCCUUUUUUUUAAAAAAAAAUGAGAAAUUAAGAUAGAAUACACACUCCAAAGGGAAAAAAAAUACAACAACAAAACAAGGAUAGCCAAAACAUUAAAAAAGAAAAAAUGUGUAUUAAAAAAGACAAAAGACAAAAACAGAUUUACAUAUAGUAAAUUAGUUGAAUGUAGAUAAACAGUGUAACAAUAUUAGUUUCCUACCCUUGCAAAGCAGGCUCAAAACCUGUGAAUUUCUACCUCUAGUUAGAAUCAAUUUGUCCUUCAUCUAUCUACUGUGUGUAAAGCCUCCAACAUUCGGUGGAAGAAGGUUGGACUUAGCAGCCAGAGGCAUGUGAAAAUACUCUGACAAACUGGGGAGGGAGUACUUAUUGUGGAAGCACAUCUUCAAGUGCACCAUCCACAAUGAAAGGCUUGGGACAGACAAAGAGCUUGUGCAGUUGACAGCCUGGCUAGGACCAGAAUCUGCAAGCAUAGUGAAGGACAUCUUCGCAUCCCAUCUGGGUAACCCAGACAUCGGCCUUAAGAAAGCUUGGAAGAUUGAACCUCAAACUAUGUAUUUGUGUUUAUGCAUUGUUUGAUGUAACAACUUACUUAUCUAUGUUAUAAUUGUGCAUGUUUUCUAUUUGCCUUAUAGUUAUGCAUGUUUUAAUACUAUGUUUUACCUAUGUUAGUCACUAGUUAGUUAACAAUGAGAAUUGCAUGCUUAAUGCUAUGUUUUUUGCUUAUUUCAGUUAGUUAGUAGUGGAAAUUUAUAUUUCCAAGCGGGGAGUGUUCUGGACCCAUCAGUUAGAUAGAGCUGUAUAUUAGAAUGUUUGGCAUUUAUUGGGUUAAGUGCUGUCUCCUUAAGAGAUGGCUUCUGGGUGAUGUAGUUUUAGCUAUUCAGUAAAUACCAUGUUAACAGAUCAGUAGGGGGAGCUACAAAGCUCUUCACAGGAUAUCCUGGCUUUGUGCCAGUUUGGAAUGUUCUUUGUCUGAGAUAAGCAUGGACUCUGAUGGUCCCAUUCCACGCUAGAAGUUGGUAUGGAGGAAGUAUUGAUUUCUUACCUAUAAGGAUGAACAGAUGUACAAUAUUCAGAAGAGACUACAAGAAACUAUUAAUAAUUGCAAGUAUACCUGAAUAAAUGUCUGUUUUACAAUCAUCUUUAUUGAGUUAUCUGUAUAAUCUGGAAUUACAAAGCAAUUUAGUUCUGAAUCAGAACAGACAGUGUUGUUUGUUAGUAACUAACAUUGGUGCUACCUUCCCUGUAGAUAAAGGGUAAGUUUGUUUGCUGGGAUGAUAUGUUCCAUUGUUGAUUGCCAUCAAUUUUUGUGCCUGCUACCCUUUCCAUAGAUAAGAACUGUUUUUUUUGUUUUGUUUUUUUUGCUGAGGUAGCAUGUUAUUUCUCUAUUGCCACUGUCAGAUUUACUGACAAAGAGAUAAUGGACCUCUUCCAUACAUAAGGACUGCCUGUGUUGGCAGGGUUCAACUCCCUUCUAUUGCCCCUGGAUGGUUGGGUUCCCAGACUGUCUUAAAGGAGAGAGCAAAUAGGGAUUUUUUUAAAAAAGGUAAAAGAAAAGAACAGAGAGAUCCUGCCCUCACCCAUGACUAGAAUGUGUGUGGAGCGACAUAUACUGGAUAAAGUGAUUGAAUUGAUAGAUGAAUGCAUGGUGAGGGAAAAAA